AUGGAAACACAACCGGUCGAAAAUCCAACCUCGACUGCUGGACAUGCACAGAGUCGGCCAUUGGAGACCGGGAGCGGGUCCCAGUUCCCCCGUGGUCGGGAUACUCAGCCGGCUUCGCUGCCGAACCAGGCGUUGCAGACACCUACCUCCAUUCAGCUACCCGACAACAUCCAUCUGGAAGCGUCAAAUCCGCUGGCAUCCACAUCAUCGGCCUACCUCUCUGACGACAAUGGCCGGCUGCGGUGUCUUGGCGAGUCCUCGACGUGGUCCUUCACACGCAAGACCCUGAGGCUCAUUCAUGAUCAUCUGCAGGACCAGGAAACCCCACUAACAAACAUCGCCACCAACGAGGAGAGCCGUGCGUAUCCAUUGAGUUGGGGUCCGCGGAGCUUGGACGACCCCGGAAAUUUCAGCGACUUGCCUUCCCCAGAUCAUGCGAUAUAUCUAAUUAGCGGGAUCAAGUUCUAUGUGGGCCAGCUCUACCAUCUGUUUGACGAGUCCAAGUUCAUAGAGGUUUUGCAUGAGUUCUACCGGUCCCCGGCAGAGGUGGCCAGUGCGUAUAAGAUUUGGUAUGUUCAGUUUCUGACGUUAUUGGGAUUGGCAAAGGCCGUGGUGAUCAAGCCGUCCCGUGGAUCCUGUGUUCUUCCAGGGUCCGAUCUCUUUCUUCGCGCCAUGUCGCUGCUGCCGGAUACCCCGUACCUUUUCUCUGAUGCCUUGACUGCGGUCGAGACGCUCUGUGCGAUCUCGCUAUAUCUACAGUGUGCGGACAUGCGAAACUCUGCCUACAUAUAUAUUGGUUCAGCCUUGCGUAUGGCUAUGACCUUUGGGCUGCAUCGCGAACGUCCCACGAAUGACUGGAGUCCGCAAGCGACGGAACGAUGCCAUCGAAUCUGGUGGACGGUCUACAUUCUCGACCGUACAUUUUCCUUCUCCAUGGGUGUGCCGAUAUCCAUCCAAGACUCUGAUAUUACGACUCCGAUGCCCCAACCGGAGGGGCCGACGGGUCAGCCAUUUCUUUACUUUCAUGUGAAACUGUCGAAUCUCAUCUCCGAAGUGGUCAAUAAGGUUUACGGCGCGGAAGGUCGAUUGCAGAGUAGUUUUCUUCCCUGUGUUCACAAAGUGUUGGAAAGUAUUGCGUCCAUCGCCAGUGAUCUUAAUGCGUGCUGUCCGCUUUCUUCGGAUGGCUCGGACGGCAAUGUAUCGCGGGCCGCUGCUCACCUGCAUCUUCUGUAUCACCAAGCAAUCAUGCUUGCGAUGCACCCGCUCCUACUGCAUCUUUUCCAUAAGAAACUGCAAAACAGAGAGGGCGAUUCCGAGCCAAGACGUGCAUUCUCCAUCACCACUAAGGCGCUCCUCAAGACUUGCAUCGAUACCUGCAAGAACAUGACUGGGGUUCUGCAUGUGCUUCAGCAACAAGGCCUCCUGGGAGGCGCCCUGCCAUUCGACCUGGACAGAGCUUUCGCCUCGGGUUUUGUCUCAGUAAUGCUGUCACUGAUCGAUCCGGAUGAGGCGAGCCAGCACCCCCUCUACGACCGGUCGUGUCGUCUUCUAGACGAAUUCAUCAACCAUGGAAGUGUCCUGGCGCAGUUUCGCAAGUCCGAGAUUGUCUUGCUUCAGGAGAUGGUGCAUCAGUGGACUUCAAGGGCCAGCCGGGGCCCACCCAGGGUCGAUGAAGCAGAACAGCAACCGCCAGUCCCGCCGCAGGACCAUUUCGGCGAUGCAAUGCCAUCUGUGGAUGAAGGGGGUGCGUUAUAUGGCUUAUCCCCUGGCCAGAUCCUCUCCCUGGCGGAGAUCGUCGAUGUCGGGGGGAGCGGUUGGCAGGAUGAUGUCGAGUGGAUGGACGAUGACUGGCUCUGGGCACAGUCAGUUCGGGGUGAACAAUUAUGA